CGUAUAUCCGCUCUCCUUCUCCGCCAUUUUAUGUCGCUUUUCUAUUGUUCAUAAUUGAAGUUAGCAGGGGCGGCGGAGCGAUUUACUGCGCAUUAAAACAUUUUUGGAUAUUGCUCAGUGGACAUCAGCAAAAUAGGGUAAAGGAGCAAGAAUCCAAGGUCAUCAUAGAAUACGACACACGUGGAUUUUUCUCUCAGGGUUCGAUCUCAACCUCGGUCGGAAAAUAUGAUGGACGACGAAACACCCAAGACCCUGUAUGUUGGGAACCUGUCCCGGGAUGUGACUGAAGCCCUCAUCAUGCAGCUGUUUGGACAGAUCGGCCCCUGCAAGAGCUGUAAAAUGAUAGUAGACACGGCAGGUAAUGACCCAUACUGCUUUGUGGAGUUCUACGAACACAGGCACGCUGCCUCGUCACUCGCAGCCAUGAAUGGUCGUAAAAUAAUGGGUAAGGAGGUCAAGGUGAACUGGGCCACAACCCCUAGCAGCCAGAAGAAAGACACAAGCAAUCACUUCCAUGUUUUCGUUGGAGACCUCAGUCCUGAAAUCACCACGGAUGACAUCAAGGCUGCUUUCGCCCCCUUUGGGAGGAUAUCUGAUGCUCGGGUGGUGAAAGACAUGGCUACUGGCAAAUCUAAAGGCUAUGGCUUUGUGUCCUUCUUCAACAAAUGGGAUGCAGAGAAUGCCAUCCAACAGAUGGGAGGUCAGUGGUUGGGAGGACGGCAGAUCAGGACUAACUGGGCCACCAGGAAGCCCCCUGCGCCCAAAGCCACCUACGAGACAAACACCAAACACCUGUCGUUUGAAGAGGUUGUGAACCAGUCCAGUCCCAGCAACUGUACCGUCUACUGUGGAGGUGUCACAACAGGCCUCACAGAGCAACUGAUGAGGCAGACCUUCACCCCCUUCGGUCAGAUCAUGGAGAUCAGAGUUUUCCCAGACAAAGGCUACUCAUUUGUGAGGUUCAACUCCCACGAGGGAGCGGCCCACGCCAUAGUGUCAGUGAACGGGACGUCCAUAGAUGGUCACGUGGUGAAGUGUUACUGGGGGAAAGAAACCACAGACAUGGUCAGCCCCAUGCAGCAGGUACAGAUGCCUCAGGUAAGACCACAGCAGAACAAAAUAGGUUUUGCAGCGCAGCCCUACGGCCAGUAUGCCCAGUGGUACGGUAACGCCCAGCAGAUUGGCCAAUACGUCCCAAACGGGUGGCAGGUGCCCACCUACGGAGUCUAUGGACAGGCCUGGAACCAGCAGGGAUUCAACCAUUUACAGGCGGGUGCAGGGUGGACGGGCGUGGGAGCCGUCAGUAAUGGUGGUGUGGUGGAGCCUGGACAGGGAGUCAAUGGGACUGUGCUGGCCAACCAGUCCGGCAUGGGCACCGCUGGCUACCACACCCACUGAUCAGUGUUGGCCUGGCGGCCCAGAGUCGGCCUCCUACCCUCCACAACAGGGAUCCUAUACAGGGGGUGGGGGGCCAACAUGUGCCCUGUCUUUUACAACAUGAUUAAGAACUCUAUGACGGGGAGGGGGGGGGUUCCCCUGUCCGUCCCCCCCACCCAACCUGGUUUUUACAUGUAAGUUUUAUGGUGGUGAAGAGGAGGAAACGCUUGUGUGUCAUUGGCGAUAGAGUUGCCCAGUUGCCCAGUCCUGGUAUAUAAGAUACACACGUGUGUGUGUGUGUAUACAGUACCAGUAAAAAGUUUAUUCCAGUGUUUUUCUUUAUUUGUAUUAUUUUCUAGAUUGUAGAAUAAUAGUAAAGACAUCAAAACUAUGAAAUAACACACAUGGAAUCAUGUCGUAACCAAAAAAGUGUUAAACAAAUCUAAAUACAUUUUUAUAUUUGAGAUUGUUCAAAUUAGACACCAUUUACCUUGACAGCUUUGCACAUUCUUGGCAUUCUCUCAACCAGCUUCAUGAGGAAUGCUUUUCCAACAUUGUUGGAGUUCCCACAUGCUGAGCACUUGGCUGCUUUUCCUUCACUCUGCGGUCCAACUCAUCCCAAACUAUCUCAAUUGGGUUGAGGUCGGGUGAUUGUAGAAUCCAGGUCAUCUCAUGCAGCACUCAUCACUCUCCUUCCUGGUCAAAUAGCCCUUACACAGCCUGGAGGUGUUUUGAGGUUUUCCUGUUGAAAACCACUUAGUCCCAAUAAGCGCAAACCAGAAGGGAUGGCGUAUCGCUGCAGAAUGUGCCUUGAAUUCUAAAUAAAUCAGACAGUGUCACCAGCAAAGCACCAUCCCACCUCAUCUUCCAUACUUCACAGGGGAACCACACAUGCAGAGAUCAUCCGUUAACCUACUCUGCGUCUCACAAAGACACUGCUGUUGGAACCAAAAAUCUAAUUUGGACUCAUCAGACCAAAGGAAAGAUUUCCACCGGUCUCAUGUCCAUUGGUCGUGUUUCUUGGCCCAAGCAAGUCUCUUCUUAUUGGUGUCCUUUAGUAGUGGUUUCUUUGCAGCAAUUGGACCAUGAAGGCCUGAUUCACACAGUUUUCUCUGAACAGUUGAUGUCUGUUACUUGAACACUGUAGCAUUUAUUUGGGAUGCAAUUUCUGAGGCUGGUAACUAAUAAACUUAUCUUCAGUAGCAGAGGUAAUUCUGGGUCAACCAUUCCUCUGACUGUCCUCAAGAGAGUCAGUUUCAUCAUAGCGCUGGAUGGUUUUUGCGAGUGCACUUGAAGAAACUUUCAAAGUUCUUGAAAUUUUCCGCAUUGACUGACCAUGUCUUAACGUAAUGAUGGACUGUCAUUUCUCUUUGCUUAUUUUAGUUUUUCUAGCCAUAAUAUGGACUUUGCCUUUUACCAAAUAGCGUUAUCUUCUGUAUACCACCCCUACCUAGUUACAUCACAACUGAUUGGCUGAAAGGCAUUUAGAAGGAAAGAAAUUCCACAAAUUAAUUUUUAACAAGGCACACCUCUUAAUUUAAAUUUAUUCCAGGUGACUACCUCAUGAAGCUGGUUGAGAGAAUGCCAAGAGGGUGCAAAGCUGUCAUCAAAGCAAAGGGUAGCUAAUUUGAAGAAUGUAAAAUAUGUGUUCUUUAACACUUUUUUUAUUGCUUACUACAUGAUUCCAAAUGUGUUAUUUCAUAGUUUUGAUGUCUUCACUAGUCUACAAUGCAGAAAAUAGUCAAAAAAAAAAAAACUGGAAUGAGUAGGUGUUUGAACUUUUGACUGGUACUGUAUACAUGCGUACACACACCCUACAACUGACUCAUGAAUCAAAAAGGACUAUGCCAUUUUUAAUUAAAGUACUAUUAAAUGAUAAAGACAUAUUUUGGAUUUGCUUUUUCUCGUUGGUUUGUUUUGAACGAUUUCCACUGCUGAUAUCGUUAAGAAACAAGCUUUGCCUUUUUUUUUGUUGUGUUUUUUUGGGACUGUCAUUUUAAAGAAAUGUUUCAAUCAAUGACUCCAUGGAAUCAUGUGAAAUGUAAGAACCUUUUUUUGUUUUUUAUGUUUAUAAAAAACGAAUCAAAUGGAUGUCAACUGUUGUAUUUUUUAAAAUCUCAAUAUCUCAACUAAGAAACAAUUGCAGGGAUUACUGCCACUGUUCUUCUUUCUUUUAAAGGCAGACAAAUAUUGCACAAUACUAUUACUUAGUUACCUUUUCACAAAAUUUGAUGUUACACAAAUUCUAGGUAUUUUGAAUUGUUUUGCAUUCCACUUUUUUCCUGUUAACUUGUUUUAGGAGGGCGUACGUACGUAUACUGUUUUGUAUGUAAAUAACCAAACAAAGUCUGUUCAACUGUUCUGACGCUGUAUAAAGAGGAAGAAACCUCAUGUUAAUUAUGGAAGCUUGCUUGCUUUUUGACGGCCAGGGCUGGGGAUUUAAACUAGACUGGGGCAUAUUAGCAUCACUGCUAAAUGCUGGUCCAUUACAAUGUAGGGACAGUGCAACAUUUGAUUCUUCCAGGGGCCUGAGGAGAGUGAACGGCAGUGCAAAAAUGAUCUAUACUGAAAAGUAAUGUAGAAUUAAAGUUAUUCUGUGUAUACAACCUAAAUAUUGAACUUUUUGGUGUUUUUUUAUGACAAAGUAGUAAAUAGUUAUCAAACGUAAAAAAUGAAACUUGAAUGGAUCAUAAUUUUGCACUGUGCCCCCCCCCCCCCAUGGAGUUGUUUAAAUAAUACAGUUGGAUGAGACACAUUGUGUUGCCUUACUUUGAGUGAAUUUAAUUUGAACCAACCAAUUGAUCAUAGAGUAGGCAGUGCCUAAGGAUAGACCUUAUGUUUUGGGGGUGGGGUUAUGUUGCUGAUGCUAUAAUGUGUUCUUGCUUUGUCCCAUUAAAAUGCUGAUGCUUAUAAA